AUGUCUAAAAUAGAAUCUUAUGUAGCGAAGGUAGUUUUCAUAGGAGACGCAUCUGUAGGCAAAACCACAAUUAUUAAUUCACUCGUUAAUCAAAAUCACGCUGAUCAAAAUUUCGAUUUUGAUCCAACAAUCGGACCUUUAAGUCAUCAAUUAAAAAUAGGCGAUAAAUCAUUUAUAUUAUGGGAUACAGCAGGUCAAGAGAGAUUCAGAUCAGUUGCACCACUUGUUUUUCGCGGUGCAAAUUUAAUAUUUAUUGUUUGCUCAACAGAUUUUCCAACAUCACUGAAUGGAUACAAAUUUUGGUUGGAUACUAUUAGUAGAGAUGAACCAUCUGCUAAAAUAAAAGUACUUUUAAACAAAAUGGAUUUAGAAACUCACAAAUUAACUUACGACACGUUAUGUCAAGAAGCUCAUCAUGAUGGUUUAGAGUGUAUAGGAGUUAGUGCAUAUAAUGGAAUGGGUUUAGAUUUAGUUUUAAGCGCGAUACAAAGUUUAAAGGUUGAAUACGAAAUUGUUGAUGAAGUUAAGCUAUCUGACCAAGACAAGAAUAAUGCCAAAAACGAAAGAGUAUGUUGUUAA